AUGGGUACAUUUAAAGCAUUCGUUGCCAUAGAUUUUGGCACUUCUAACACUGGCUUCGCAUUUUCAUUUCCGUCAAAUAAGGAUAAAAUAUUUCUCGCAAUUGAAGAGUCACCGGAAGGAAAUACACCCGCGUCUGAAAAUGCUGAUGGUUCCACGAUUCCUGAUGGUGAAGUGGCACUUUCAUCUAUCCAUGUUAUCAAGCUGACAGAGAACCGGGUACCACCCGUGUUAUUGUUGAAUGCAGACGGAACCAUAAAUGCGUUUGGAAAACCGGCGGUAGACAGAUAUGCACAGCUCGUUCUAACUCAUAGACACCAAGGAUAUCGCUACUUUCACAAUAUCAAAAUGGAUCUAUACAAAAUUGAUGACUUGACACACGAGUCAGAAAUUCAAGACAGUCAAGGAAGAAAGAUUCUCGCUAUAGAACUAUUUUCAAAACUAAUCCGACAUAUUGGUAAACUUGCUUUGAGGUCUAUGCGCGAGCGACUGCCAAAAGGCGUGAGGAUUAUUCCUACAUCGGUGAAUUGGACUGUGAGCAUUCCAGCAAUAUGGUCCGACUCGGGUAGACAGUUCAUGCGCGAGGCUAUUGUUGAAGCAGGUAUCCCACGUGACAGAAUUCGAUUGGUUCGCGAACCGGAAGCAGCAGUUAUCUUUUGGAAGUCAAAAAUGCUCAAAUCACAAGACGAAAGCGAAAGGAAGAAGUUUUCUGUUGGAAAUAAGUAUAUCAUCGCGGAUCUUGGUGGAGGAACAGUCGACAUUUGUGUUCAUGAAAUUCUUCCUGGAGAAAGAUUCAGAGAACUCCAUCGAGCGACCGGAAAUGACGUCGGUGGAAAUUCGGUUGACUUUAUGUUCAUUCAAUUCAUGAAGAAAAUAGUAAGCGAAGAGGUUUGGAAAUGUUUCUAUUGGCCAAAAUAUUUUGACUUUGUUAAAUUAAUGAGAACAUUUGAAGUGAUUAAAAGAAACAUUGCCCAUGAAACCAAAGAAAUCGUUAUUGAGAUUCCGUCAUCACUUAUUACAAUCGCAGAACGUAAUUCAAACCUAAAAUUUUCUGAUAUGAUAAAUGCUAUCGAUGAACAUGAAUUCGUAAGUUUAGAAGGCGAGGCAACAUUGCAUAUUAAAAAAGAAAUUAUUGAAAGUUUCUUUAAACCAUCUAUAGAUGGCGUGUUGCGCAUGCUCAGGGAUAUUGUUACAGGAACCGGAAACCAAGUGAGCAAUUUAUUGCUGACUGGUGGAUAUUCGUCAUCAAACUAUGUUAAAGAAAGUAUCCAAAGAGAAAUGAGCUCGAUGGUCAUUUCAUCCGUACCAGAAAAUGAACUGGCUGUACUCAAAGGUGCUGUUUUGAUGGGUUAUGAACCGGAUGAUAUUAUAGAACGAAGAUCUAGGUUUACUUACGGAUUUGCCGUUGCGACGCCAUUUAAGGAGAAAGAACAUCCGAGGAGUCUGCAAUUCUUCAGAGAUGGUAAAAUACUUUGCAGAGAUGUUUUCCAAAAAGUUAUAGACAAAAAUCAGCUGCUAAGAGUAGGUGACAGGUUCAGAAUGGAGACCAGAAAUAAUGACCGGAAGUUCUUUCAGUUCAAACAACGCGACGCAUGCGCGCAACUAUUUCGUUCUACUGCAGACGAUCCAAAAUACUGCAUCAAAGAGGAGGGGUGCACCGAGGUGUUCACAACUAGAAUUAAAGCUCCGGUGAAGGGAUGGUCGGAAAGGCUGUGUACAGAUUACGUUCUUGUUGUAGGGGAUACAGAUUUCGAAGUUCAAGCCUAUGAUAUAUUUACUGGCGAAAAAUACUCAACAAAAGAAGAAAAUCGAAUGAUGAAGCCAUUUCAUUUAGCUUAG